AUGUGUGUCCAGAAUCUCAUCGCACUCUGGUGUCCCUGUAUACCACACGCAUGCAUCAGAGGCACCCCCGGCCCUUACACACGGGUUGCUUUCAUGGACGAAGACUACCUUUCCCGCACGCUAUGCGCCGGCUGCAUGCGUGAAGGCUGCUCCGCGCCGACAGAGGAGCCGUCCGCGCACGGGGAUACCACCCGAAGGUUCCGAUUCAUCGCACCGACCUUGACAGCACUCUUUGGCCCGCCUAAGACCAUCAUCACCACCGGCGGCGUAGCAGAGCCGGAAUCCUCGAAAAAGCCCAAGAAGCCCCGAGGCAAGACAAAAACCAAGAAGAACGGACCUGCUCCGCUGCGAGUCAUCGACCUCCGCGAGGACGACGCUGCUGAUAUCGCGCGGCUCAAGCUCCAGAGGGCCGAAAAGGAACAGACGAAGGCCAGGGGUAAUACCGAGGGCCUGUGCGUUCUGCGAAGCACGACGGAUACCGAAUUCCUCUUCCGCCCCAGCGGUAGACAGACCCCCACCGAAAGAAUCGCGCCCCUUUCACCCGACGGCGGAGAAGCGGGGCUCAAUACCCCCCCACUGCUGGUCUUUGAUGACGAUUACGAGGACGAAGGCAAUGAUGCGGAUGGGGAAUAUCAGCAGCGCGGCGACGUCCAGAACCCGUAUCGGCUCCCUAGCCUUCGGCCCCCUCCCCGUCCACGAGGUUAA